AUGACACGGGACAGAGCUCUGUCCUUCCAGGACUGUCCAAAGCAGCAUCACUGGUGGCAGAAGCUAGUACUCUCACAGAAUUUGCUCCAGCCACACAUCGCCUCCCCUAGCACUUCUAGGAGUCUGUCUGGCCCUCACCCAAGAUGGUCCUCAAAGACCAGCUAUCCAGCCUCUCAUUUUACACUGGGGAAACUGAGUCCCCCAUCAGCAGUGGCAUCUCCUGUCUGCCUUUCUGUGUGCUUGGCCUCAGAAGAGACUAGCUGCACCCAGAGGAUAAGGAGUGGGGAAGGGAGCAGGGAGGACCAGGACCGGGGUCAAUGCCAUCAGUGUGCUGCUGUUGACUCUGGGUCCCUAGCCAGUGAUGCACGCACGUGGUCACUUGGGCACCCCUGUGGCUGGCGACAGCAGGCCGGUCCAAACAAACGCUCCUCCCCAAGAGCCGCUGCAGAGGCUCCUGAGGAUGAGAGGCCUGGACAAGGAGGACGAACCAAGAGGGUACCAGGGAAUUCCCACAGAAAGGGGCUGACUCCCGUGGGGCGGAGUGCAGCAAUCCGUACCCGGGGCACCACCGGCUCUCCUCACCACCCUGCAGCCCUGGCUGGGCCAACCAAGCAUGAAGAGAGGGACAAGACUGUUCCUCUUACUGCUCCAAGUAUCUCCUUUCUCCAGCUGACCCCCAGUCCCAUCACCCAUGACUCCAACGGGAAGCAGAGGCCUGUCCGCCACUUCCUUCCAGAUGUCCACUCCAAAUGCCUUGGUUCUCCAGGUGGGGCGCUGGUGGCUUUUGUGGGGUUCACAGGUGGUCUUGGCUCUGUUCUCUGUAGUAAGACUCCUCAGCCUGAGACUCGGGACAACUUACAGACUCCGUCACAGGGCUCAGGUCCCCGCACAGUUCCUGGGGCUGCCACAAAUUGUGGUUCCUGCCUUCGGAGAAACGUAGUCAGCGAGAGAGAACGCAGGAGGCGGAUCUCCUUGAGCUGUGAGCGCCUGCGGGGUUUGCUUCCUCACUUUGAUGGCCGGCGGGAGGACAUGGCAUCCGUCCUGGAGAUGGCUGUGCACUUUCUCCAGCUUGCCCACAGUAUGGCUCCUGGCUGGGAGCAGCUCUCUGUUGCUCAGCCUUCCCAGGAGAUGUGGCAAAUGUGGCAGGGGGAUGUUCUGCAGGUAACCCUGGCGGAUCAGAUGGAAGACAGCAAGCCGGAGCCCGGGAUUGCGAAAGCAUCUGCUGCGGCUCGGGCGCAGGACCCCCCGUGCUGUGGGAUGCUGGGAAUGGACCAGAGCCCUGACAGGGAGAGAAUGUCAGAACUGCUGGAGAGAUCAUCCUCCCCCAAUGGUAAACCCCAGAGCACAUUGUCAUUCAAUGCCCCAGAGCCUUCCAGCUUGAGUACUGGGCUCUCACCCUGGCUUCCUCACUCAUGGCAAUUAGCCAGCCCCCAGACAAGUGACAUCAUUUCUGGUGGGCUGCACCCUGUGGGAUCCCUGGCCAGGAACACUGAAUCUCCAGGCAUACUGGCUGAGGAGGCCAACUUGGUCCUGACAUCUGUGCCUGAUGCCAGGUACGCCACAGGAGCAGGGUCUGACGUGAUGGAUGGAACACCCUUUCUGCUCACCACCAAUCCUGAUUGGUGGUUGGGGUCGAUGGAGGGCAGAGGAGGCCCAACCCUGAGCAUGAGCAGCCCUAUGGACAGGGCAGAGGCAAGCUUUGUGGGGGAUUCUGAGCCCAGCUCCCAGGAGCUCCAUGCUGGCCCUCUAGAGCUGUGGGGCUUGGAUUUUGGCAGCCCUGGCCCGGCCCUGAAGGAGGAAGCAGACAGCAUCUUCCCUGACUUUUUCCCCUGCUAG